GACUGGCGCCUCAGAGCGCUCGGGGAGUGCGAGAGUGUGAGUGUCCGCGCUUGGGGCGGGUGCUGCGGUGUGAGGAGGCGCUGUUAUGACUCUGGAAGACAUCCACGGACAGGAGCCUGUGCCUGCGGGCCACGACGGGAUGGAGGGCGCCGGCAAAGCCCUUCAGGAGCUACUGGUGUCGGCCCAGCGCCGCGGCUGCCUCACCGCAGGCGUCUACGAGUCGGCGAAGCUGAUGAAUGUCGAUCCCGAUAAUGUCGCUUUCUGCGUGCUGGCCGCGGACGAGGAGGACGAGGGGGACAUCGCUCUGCAGAUCCACUUCACGCUGAUACAGGCGUUCUGCUGCGAGAAUGACAUUGACAUCGUGCGGAUCAACGACGUGUCCAAACUGGCUGCCAUCCUGGGGUUUAGCGAGGAGUCCGGGGAGCCGCGGGACCUUCACUGCAUCCUCAUCACGAAACCAAGCGAUGACUGGAAGGACUCGGCUCUAGAAAAACUGAACUUGUUUUGUCAAGAGAGCCGCAAUGUCAAUGACUGGGUGCCAACCAUCACCCUGCCAGAGUGAUGAUGACCCAGUGCACUGGGGAGGCUGAAACAUUUGUUGCAUUCUAAAUGUGGCGUGGGUUCACUGAAGUGUGCAACAAGCUGCUGAUUGCAUGGAUUAGCCUGGUCAAGAGACUGGAUUAACGUCACUCAGACUGGCAUGCAGUGGGUUCCUGGAGAGGAGAAGGAAGAGAGCAGCUUGUCUCACCAGUGAGCCUUAGUAGCCUGUAACUGUGAAGAGGCUGGCAUACCAUGGAACUGAAAAGUAUUGCGAGAUUCCUGGUCGAGUGGAGCUCUUUCAGAAGGCUGAAGGAAAGCUGGAGGAAGUGGGCCAAAACUUUACGGAAGAACUGGCCAGAGUACUGUAACUAGGAACUGUUGGUGUUGUCUGUAAAACACAGAAGAAAGCUGCAAUAUUUGAUUGACUGCUAGUGACUGGCUACUGAGGCAAAUACAGAGACUCCAAAGCAAACAAACUUUAACAGACCUCUUGGGUCAGUCUGCAGAACUGGUUUAAUAAUGCAAUAAGUUUUAUUGAAAUAUUGGCUGCUAUUGAAACUUUCAUAAUAAAUUUUCAGC